AUGAAACCCACUCAUAUUGUUCGCAACCGUGCUCUUUCUUAUGCUGGUGGUAAACAAAAACACGCAUGUUGAAAUUUGUUAAUAAAGAUGUACUAAUCCAAGUUGUUUCAGUAUUUUAUUGUUAGUUUGAUUAAUCGCCUUGCCAAAAUUCAGGUAUGAAGAAUAAAAAAGGAAAUCGAAGAGCCUCUAAAGGUAAAGGGAAGGUAUUAAAAAAAGGACAAAGCUCCAGUUCUAAUCCGGAAUGCACAAAACAUCGUUCUGCAGCAAAAAAGCGGGCCUUCUUUGGAAAUCCUGGAAAUAGUAAUCUCACUGUUGCUCAAUUGCAGCAACACGAUAAACUAACAACUGAUGAUAUUUUAGAAGAUGAUGCGAUGAGCAUAGGUGUCGGAACAGCUCUAACAGGAUUCACAAAUUGUACACUUCCAACAUUCAGCAGAUUGUUAAAAAAUUGGAACAGUAAUUCUUUUCUCCAUAAAGAAAUGCUUGCGCUUCUUGAAGCCACGGCUGAAGUUAUAAAGGGUGAAGGAGAAGAAGAAUCAGAAGCAAAAUAUUUUUCAGCCUUAGUUGUUUUGCUUGAUGAUGUUACAACAGAUGAAACUUUAACUGCAAUAAUUUGCUUGCUGUCAAUGGUUGUAAGAAAAAUGAACAACUCAACUUUACUAAAGCUUCAAGAAUUAAAUGUUCAUGAAACAUUUACAAAACUGUUAAUCAAGUACAUGAAUUCAGACCACUGUGCUUUAUUGAGAAAUUUAUUGAGCAUAAUGUAUGGCUUUUUGAAAACAAGAACUGUAUGGCCUGAAAAAUGUGAAGAGGUUAGAGUUAUUCUUGAGUUUGUUACUCAUCAUAAACCUAAGGUUCGAAAAGUGUCCCAUUCUAUUAUUCGCAAACUUUUAGAUCAUUGUGUUCCAGAAUCUGCUUCUAUUCAUCCUCUUGCACCAACCAUUGCUGAUUUCUGCAUUAAAAAGCUAGAAAGCAAUUCUCCAAAUUCAAAGGAAACUUUUUAUAUUCUUGCUGUCUUACAUGGAAUUCUUGGAUUGUUUUCAAAACCAGAUAUAAAAAAAACAUGUGAAACCAUAAUCAAAGUUAUGACUCUUAGCAAUGCUAUGGUAACGUCAUGUUGUCUCAAAGCUUUACAAGGACUUUUUAAAUCUUCAGAAUAUACCUCUGAAUUAAACGAGAAGAAAAUUAAAUCCUCAGAAAAUAUCUCUGCUGAAUUAAAUGCAAAGAUCAUUAGUGCUAUGUAUCCAUAUCAACCGAAUGUCAAAGAAACUCAGAGUUUGAUAGAAUGGCUUAUGUUGAUGAAAUCUGCCUUUAUCAAUCUUUAUAAGCUUGAUGCAAGGCUCUGCAUCGGACAUUUUCCUAACUUUUUUGCUACUGCUGUUAAAUGUUGGCUCAGUGACAGAGAAGAUACAAUGCAAGCUGUUGCUGUAACUCUAUAUGAUUUAUUACAUGAGUGCAUUGUUACAAGUCAUGAAGUAUUUCAAAAUUUUCUGUUUGAUGAUCCGGUGAAUAAUCCCAUGCACAAAAUGUUUAGCCAUGUAGAACAAGCUCUUAGUUAUCAAUAUCAUAAAGCUUGGAAAUAUGUUAUUAUUGUGCUUGCAGGAUUUUUUGAGACCAUGGGGAAACAUUGUCAUACAGCUAUGAUGAAAUGUCUUCAGUCACUUGCUGAUCUACAUGACAGUUUUAAAUUCCCACAUGUGAGUGAUGUUGAGAAAGCUCUUGGCAUAGCUAUUGAAUACAUGGGACCAAGAGUUGUAUUGACUGCCAUACCAUUGCAGAUUAGUGAAGAAAAACCUGAUUUUCCUCGAAGUUGGCUGUUACCUCUUCUAAGAGAUCACAUAAAAAAAACAGAACUGGGCUUCUUCAGUAAAUAUUUCUUGCCUUUAGCUAAGAAAAUAAAAAAUAGAGCCUUGGUUUUGAAACAAGAAGAAAGGAUUGUAGAGAGCAAAUUAUUUGAAGUUAUAUAUUCUCAAAUUUGGUCAUUAUUACCUGGAUUUUGUACAGAGCCUACUGAUUUUGAAAUGAGCUUUACGACUGAUGGAACAAGUGGUAAAGGUUUACCUCCAAUGCUUGCGGAUGUUUUGAAGACAGACCCGCCAUUACGCUUGACAAUACUAAGUGCCCUCAGGUUGCUGAUAACAAAAAAUGCAAAUAAUGAAAGACAAAUUGAAACCAUGGUCAAGUAUUCAAGUAAUUAUCUACCAGUACUUUUUAACCUUUACUCACCCGAUUCUAAGGACCAAGUAGAAGACAAUGUUCGCCUUGCCACUUAUGAAACAAUUAAGAUUUAUCUUCAGAUCGCUAAAAAAGAGGCUUGCAUUUCAUUUUUUACUAAAGCAUUGGAAAAACUGUCUACAAUUAACGAUGAUGUUUUCAAGCAGACCACUUUAAUUGAUAUUACUAAGGCUCUUCUUCCUUAUAUUGACGAAACUCUCAUAGAAAAAUUGUAUGAAUUCUGUAAACCAUUAUUAAAGCAUUCAAAUCAUACUGUACAAAAGAAGGCAUUUGGAGUUAUAAAAGAAAUUUGUAGCUGCAACUCUGAACCCUGCUUAAAUUUUAUGAAGGCUUCUAGAGAUGACCUACGUUUAGUCCUAAGUGAACCUAUUACAACUUUGCCACCAGCAACAAAAGCUUUACGUUUAAUUUGUCUUCAAUGCAUGGUUUCACAAUUUACUAUAAUCGAAGUGGAGUGUAUCAAAGAAAUAAUUCCUGAGGCUGUUUUAUCUACAAAAGUAAAAUCUCAAAAAGCAAGAAUUGCAGCAUAUAGCUUGUUAGUUGCAAUUGGUCAUUACUUUAAAAAAAUAAAUCCUGAUGAUAUGAAAGAGGGUUUAAAACAAUAUUUGGCUCUUCUUCUGGCUGGCUUAAGAGGAGAUCCUCAUAUGAUGAGUGCCACAAUACUUUCUAUUGGCAAUAUCAUUUAUGAAUUUAUGGCUGAUAUGGAGUUAAAUUUGGUCCACCUUUUGAUUGAAAAUUUGUGUGAGUUGCUUAAAAUAUCAUGUCGUGAAGUGUUAGAUUCUGUAUUAUCUGUCUUAAAAAUCAUAGUUAGUAAAGUGGAUACAAUGAUAUUAGCACAACAUGUGGAAAUUUUGGUGAAAGGUUUGACUAAUAUUGCUGAUGAUCAACAAAGACACUUCAGGUUUACAGCUAAAGAAUUACUUACAAGAUUUGUUCGAAAAUUUGGAUAUGAAAUGAUAUUUAAAUUGGCUUCUGAAAAAUCCCAGAAACAGUUAAGAAACAUUAGAAAAUUAGAAGUUCGCAGACAGCGCAACAAAGCUUUGAAAGGGGCAGGAGCAGAAUCUGAUGAGGAAAUGUUUGAUCAGAAUACAAAAGAUUUUGAUGCAAUAUUAGAGGACUCUGAUGAUGAAAUUGAAGAUUAUAAUUUGAUGCCAAAAGUGAAAGAGCCCAAAAGAAAAAAGAACAAAGGAACUUAUCUGGAAGAGCGAGAUGAAGAUGAUAUUGUUGAUUUUAUGGAUCCAACUGCUAGUCAAAAACUCACUUCAAAGCCUAUCAAAGAAGAUGCUUCUUCUAAAAAAAUAAAGACAUCUUUCCCUAUUGCUGAUGAUGGCAGACUUAUUAUAGAAGAUGUGGAUAGAAAAUCAAAAACUCUUACAGAAGAGAAAAAAGAAAAAGAUGCUCCAUCAUUUGAAAAAUUAGUUAAGAAUAGUAAAAGAAAAUUUGAAGAUAGUGAUGAUGAACAGGAUUUGUCUAAAUCUAAAACAGAAGGAGUGAAAAGAGGAAUUCAUCGUACACUUGAACCAAAAUCUAAAAAGAAACGUUUUGGUGAGGAAUUUAAAGCAAAAAAAGCUGGUGGCGAUGUUAAAAAAGGUAAACUGGAACCUUAUGCAUAUGUUCCGUUCAACAGGCAAGCUUUAAAUAAGAGGAAAAAAGUAAAACUAAAAGGACAAUAUCAGAGCAUUGUAAAAGGUGCCAAGAAAGGAGCUGUUAUUGGUCUAAAGAGAAAAGCCAGAGUAUCUAAGAAGAAGAAGAAUUGAUUUUGUUAAUUAAUCAUGUGUAUAUAACUUUUGUUGAGUUAAUAAAUUAUUGUGGAUAGUUAA